AUGAGUUACCGCGAGAAGGUUACUCCUUCACUAGCGUACACUGUUGGGGUGGAUAAGAUACUCGCUGAGGGCAAGAGCGAUUUUCAAGACAUUUUGCUGAUUCAGAGCAAGUGUUUUGGGCGAACUCUUGUGCUUGAUAAUCAAGUUCAGUCUUGCGAAACUGAUGAAGCGUGUUAUCACGAGACUUUGGUCCAUCCUGCCAUGCUGGCCCAUCCGAAUCCUAAGAGGGUUUACAUUGGUGGCGGCGGCGAGGGCGCUACUGCUCGGGAAAUAUUGAAACAUAAGUCUGUGGAGAAAUGCGUGAUGGUUGAUUUGGAUAAGAAGGUUGUGGAUUUUUGCAGAGAGCACAUGACUCAGUGGAACGAGGGAGUUUUCGAAGACCCUAGAUUCACAUGCUACUAUGAAGAUGCUUAUCAGUGGCUUGUGGAAAACGUGAAAAGUGAUGCUGAUAAGUUUGACGUUAUUGUGAUGGACAUCUGCGACCCCUUGGAUGCGGGUCCGGGCUGGAAAUUAUAUACUGUGGAAUUUUACAAGGAAGUUUUGGAGAAAUUCCUUAAUAAAGGAGGUAUUUUGGUCACUCAGAGCACUGGAGUUGACCUUUCUUAUCCUGGCAACCCGGAAGUAACUGAUCCUUAUCUCACUAUUCGUAACACAUUCAAGGCUGUUUUUGGGGAAGAUAUGGUGCGUUCCUAUUUCGCUGACAUUCCUUCUUUCUUCUACCCCUGGGGCUUCACAGUGGGGUCUGAAAGUGCCGAGGCUCUCGCCAGUUAUGAUCGCAAUGCUGAGGAAAUCACUGCUGAGCUCAAGAAACGCAUUGGAGAGGCGAAGUUCAAUGCACUCAGACACUACGAUGGCAUCACGCACAAACACAUGAUGGCCUUGCCUAAAGCGGUACGUAGACGUAUUGCAGAGUUGAAGGAUGAUGAUGUCUUUACUGUUGAGAAGCCCAUCUUCUGUAAGCGUGAUUGA